AAAAAUAUCUCGAUUCCCCCCCAGAGUCCGAUGACGUCCUGACGUCUCUUUUCUCUGCGCCGUACUUCAUCAGUCCCAUACGAAAUUAUCCAUCCUCUAUGCACGAGAAGCAGAUGCAUACAACUAUCAAUGCAUACGUUGCGAAUGAUGCAAACAGAAUCCCAGGAUCCUCUACCCUUUCGAAGAUUCCUUUAAGACGUAGGACCUUGCAUCGACUCGACCGGGACACUCUGUAUACUCUCUACUAGGUGCACGAAGUAUAUACCUAUAUUCUUCUCGCUGACUCUCUCAGCGAGUAACUGAAGUAAAGCCAGGUUGGUGCCCCCGCUAGGGUGAACGAACGGGUACGCUCAAGCAAAAGCGAACCCGUGUGCUUCCUCGCGUUGCGCACCGGCCUCUGCCAGUACCCACCGCCUCUGACGUCAUAAGGGAUAAUUGGUAAUGUCAAAAAAAAAAAAGCGAGAACGAAAUAUCGGCCAAGUUUCCAGAAGGAAAGCUACCGGUGAAAAGGUAGAUGGAUAGCAGAGGCAAAGUUACAGUCGGUAAAUGCCGAACAAAGCAACGGAGAAUCGCAGCACGGCGUGUCGAAGGUCGAUUUACCAAAUAGAGAAAAUACUGCUCUCGGAAAUCGCUGUCAGUAUUAUGGAAUCUAAGGAAUCCUAGUCGUCCUUCUGCGUCGAUGCAUUCCCGCAGUGCGUAUUCACCAGGAGUCAACGAGGAUGACCAUUCUGUUCAAUGGAAACUCUACGUAGAUCCGAACAGACUACCGGGAGGACUGUAUGUACCUGUCGUCAGGGUCGCAGUACGGUGAAUCGGAGUCCAAGGGGGAUGACGUUCUCGAUGCAGAAGUCAUCUGCGCUGAAGAAGGACAAGAACGACCAGUACGAUAUUCUUAUGGCGAGUGCGAGGGAGACAAUGGCACUCGUAGAGAAAGUAGAGAGUGAGAGAAAGAGACAGUGAGAGUAAUCGUGCAAGAAACGUAGGAGGGAUAGCGCCUCUGUGCCCACGAGGUGGGGGGACGGCAGAAGCGAGAGAGGGGUGAUAGCGCCUUCGUAAUGGAGAGAACACGCUAAGGGAGAGAGAGAGUAGUGGGGCUCGGAGCCAGAGGAAACGGGACAGGUUCGGGUCGGCGGUGUAAUCCAAGAGAGAACACGGCGCAGCUACAGCAGGAAGAGGCGCACGAGCAAAACCCGGGACUUCGUCGUGGUUCCUAGUCGCCGGCGCUCAGUCGUACGCGCGUUUACAAGCACGACACGCGGGUUGUGGCUGCCCUCGUUGCUCUCGAGAGUGACGCCGCGCACGUGCCCCUGUAUCUAUUAAAGGGAACCGGGUCCGACGACGAUUUACGGAGACGGGACAGUGACACUGCUCAUCGCAAAGUGAUUGUAACAGUGACAAUACCCCAUUCAUUGUACAAGGUGACUAUUCGCAAUUUCUUUCACCUGUGAACAAUCGUGCGGUGUGCUUUCGUAUUCGAUCUUCUUCACGUGUGUCAUUUGUGUCGUAAUUGAUAUCGUUCUUUGGUGUAAUCUCUUAUACAUUUACAUCUGGUGAAUUAUCAUUGUAGUUGCUACCAGUGACUUCGUGGUGCAUCUCUCAAGAGACGUGGAACUCGAUUGCCGUGAUUUCAUAUCGAAGCUGUGCAACUCGGACUGAAUUUUAUUCCCAAUCGCAUCCAGAUGUCACGGAUAUAUCGGCUACCGAAACGUCUCGCGGGUUUUCGUCAUUGACCGUGUAACGUUGAUCGCGAAUUAAAAAAAAAAGAGACAGCGUGGACGAAGUUUUAAUGCGAUAUCUAUUAUAAAGUCAGUGAAAGCGACGGGGAUAAAGAGAAAGAUGAAUAAUAACAACAAUAGUAAUAAUAGAGAUUUUUUAUCGUAAAGACCAAGAGACACUUUUCAUUUCUCUUAUAUUUUUUUUUUUUAAUUUUUUCAACAACUUGUCAUUCGUACUCGCCGCUCGUGGUGCUUCGCGUUCUCAUUGGUCAAGAAUCGCGUACGUCUUUAUUUCAACGAACGUGAAUAUAAAUAUAUAAACACGAGGCUCGAGCGGGAAGACGUUAUUGUUUACAGCGUGACGUAAGGCCCUCGGUUGCAUCUAAAAUCCCGGUAGAACCCCGUGCACUCGUACGUAUUGCGAAACGCGAUGCAAAAACAUUUUUGUCAAAUUUCGCCAAUUGUUUGAAGAACCGAUCCGCUCCAUCGUGGCCGAGGACAACAAACGCGACUGUUUUGUAAUCGGCUGAGAACCUGUCACUGUGCAAAAGUGCGACAUGAGAGGAGUAGUAUAGUGCGACUACUGUACCAGGGAACGUGAAACUUUCUGGGAGAUCCCGGUGCACUGUCAUUCAAGUUUCGGGGCCACACUUUGGACCCAUAUGCGACAGCACUGCCUUUCAUUAGGUUAUAAAAAGAAAGAAGGAGAAGCAGAGGCUGUAGUAACCAGGGCUGUAGUGAAGAGAGGAGUCAAAGGGCGCGGGCGAUCCGGAGGUGGUUUUGGAUGUUAGAAGGCGCGGGGGUGGCUAAAGAGGCCCCACCGCAGGGUACGGGUCCCGAUGCCGGUCCCCGUAUCGCAGACUCUUACACUAACCUCCACCCUCGUACCCAAGGAGGAGUCAAACAUGCCCUUCAUAGACGACGAGCUACUUUGGUGCCCUGACAACGACGGCAAGAUGGUCGACUUAACCCAAUGCCUACAGGAGAGCAGCACCGGCCAGUCCGUUGAGUUCUCGGCUAUGGAAUUGACAGCCCUUGUUGGAGCACCGGCUGCUCCAAAUGUACCUGCGGAAGACAGCGAAGAUAUGUCUGGUGUCGCCAGCGAGGAACCAUUCGAUACGCUCGAUACCUUCCUCAGAGAAAUUCAGGCAGACUUGGCCGAAGCAAGUCAACCUACGUCGACGACUUCCUCCACGACACCUUCCUGCAGGCGACAGAGGUACAACAUCGCAGCCGCCAAUCCUCUAUUAGCAGAAAAGUUAGCAGCCCCUUCGUCACAAGCAUCCCCUACGUGUAUACCCUACGCUACGAGAGCGGAGAUCAAGACGGAGAACAUUCAACCUGAGACCAGUAAAGUGGAUACCAGGGAGGUACAGCCACAUGACACGGGUGAGAAGGAGGAUCUGGGAUUGGCCACGAUCAAGGCCGAACCAGGAUCCACCACAGGAACUCGUCUUCUUCACGGGAUCCUCUCGCAGCAUCCUCAGCAAAGUGCGUUGGGGGUUCAAAGUAGUUACGGUCGACAUUUAGCUAGCCACCCCCAGCUUGGUCAGCCACCCUACACUACCACUGCCAUGGCUACCACCAGUACCCCAGGCGGUGGUUCGCUGCCUGCCAGUCCUGCCGAUAGUGGCGUUAGCGACGUAGAGUCCAGUACUUCCUCCGGGGCUAACGAGGAUGCGAAUCUGCUCCUGAAGGCGAGGCUCAACCCCAAUUCAUCCCUUCAGCCCAGUCUUGCGUCCCAUCAUUCUCAUCUGACGACGACACUCGGCAGGUCAGCCUGUCACAGUCCUGGCGUCUACCCUUCAACGGCAGGAUUUUUGCCACCCUCCUAUCACGCUCAUCAGCAUCAUCCCUCUCAGUAUCAUCCGCACAGAGGUAGCUCUCCGCAUCAUCAGCACAGCAGCCACGGUAUGGGUCCAGCAAUGGGUCCGCCCCAUCACCACCAUCAUCAAGCGCAGAGUCUCCAGCAUCUGCACUACCGUCAACCGCCAACACUAUCGGAGAGCUACAGUAGCUACGUCAGUUCCAUGUACGGCGGCGGUGGACAGUUUGCAACACCGUGUACGCCGAGUCCACCGAGGGGUCCGGGCGGUGUACCGACCAGCGUUAUUCAGGCAGCGACCAGUUCCGUUUCCGACGACCUCUACCUGCUGGAACUUGGUUUCCCACCGCGACCCAAGAAGAACAAGCUCAAGAAACCCAGACAGGGCGAGGGUGCUGCCGUCAAGAGGAAAUCCCGCGAAGGUUCCACCACUUAUCUGUGGGAGUUCCUACUGAAGCUUCUUCAGGAUCGCGAGUACUGUCCGCGUUAUAUCAAGUGGACGAAUCGCGAGAGAGGCGUCUUCAAGCUCGUCGACAGCAAAGCCGUGUCUCGACUCUGGGGUCUCCACAAGAACAAACCGGACAUGAAUUACGAGACUAUGGGCCGCGCGUUACGUUACUAUUACCAGCGCGGGAUCCUCGCAAAAGUCGACGGGCAGAGACUCGUCUACCAGUUCGUUGAUGUUCCCAAGGAUAUCGUGGAGAUCGACUGCGCGGGUGCGUGAGAUAAGGCCCAUCCCUCGCGGGAGCUCGGAAUUCACAGGAAACAGCAACAGCAGAAUUACUCGAAGAGGAUAUGUCGACGCAGGCUAUCGGACUCCACUUCCUUCUGUAAUGAACAACAGCAAGACGUACCGACCUGGCACACUCCUCAGGCAAUCUAACCAGACCCUCCUCUGGCUCCGUUGUUCCUCCUUGUAUUAUACGAUGUACACAAGAGACAGUUAUACACGCAUACUUACACACACGCAGAUAUAGGUAAACGACACGCAGGACGUUGAUUUCCAAAAGUUGAAAACAAAAAAAAGUAGAAAACGGAAAUUCAAGGACGCGACCGCGCUUCCCUAAUCGUCAGGAAUGACGCCACGUCGUUUGCCAAUUUCUGUCUUGGCAGGCGUGGUGGACUUUAGAAUUUUUUAAAUUUUUGUACAAAAUUUAGUUGAUACGAAGUAAAACGCAAAAAAAGGAAAAAAAAAUGAUUGGCGACGUUUCGCGACGCGUGGAUGUUAUUGUAUUUUUAUUAAACGUUACGGACAAAUUACUUAACUUAUAGAGAGAACGUGAUUUAAAGCGAAUGUGUGAAUGAUUGCAUGAAAUAUGGUACGUGUGGAGGAAGAAGGGGUAACAAUGUCCUUUUUUUUGUGUGUAUGUUUCUUGGGCGCGAAUGCGCGCGAGAUCGGGUAGCUGUUUGGCUGUGUGCAAGUGCGCGAGAGAGAGUACGUGACGUAAAAUGAAAAAGAAGAAAAUCACAUUGUACAUUCGAUGAACGGUAAAUUAUUUAUUGUACAUUAGAGACGUUCGUACGACUUACCUAGGAAAUUUGUUAAAUGAGAAUACGAUGUGCGUGCGCGGAUUUUAGGGGAGUAACAAAAGAGUAUAUAAAUGUGAAAAAAAAAGGAGAAACAAUUGAAAGGCGAAAAACGAAUAAUGAGCAUACAAAGCGGAAAGUUUAAAAACGAAACGAAAUACGAGGGCUGUGAAAAGGGUUUAAGGCGAGGCGCGUUUUAAAAGUUCUGCGGUGCGAGCUCAGGGAGGGGAAUACACACUAUAUAUAUUUUUUUAAAAAAUGCCGGGAGCGGCGAAUGACGUUCUACUUUGAGCUGAGUUGUCAACGACGUAAGGUGCUGGCUAUUACACACGAGGUCCAAGAAUGUUAUUUAGCAACCUAGCGUUAUACUGAUUCAUAGAAAUUAUCCAGACAGACAUUAUAUAUCUCUGUAUAUAUAUAAAGUAUACCUUUAGUACAUAUGAAUAUAUAUAUAUAUAUUAUUGAAUAUUAUAUAUAUAUUAUAUGAAUAUAUAUUGUAUGUUAUGUAGUAAAUGGCGCGAAUUUAUGUGUAUGUACGAGUUGCGUCGAACCGCGUCGCGAAUGAUUCGCCGUAGUUUGAAGGAAAAGCAGAAAAAACAAAUACGAUAAAUUUUGACUUGCGUACGAAGUCUCCGUGCUGUAAAAAUUAAAAAAAUAUCUCGAUUGUAAUUGUCGGACAACGAGAACGUUUUUUGAAUCAGUCGGUAAAACAGGUAGACCUUUCACGAGGCUUCUCUCGUUUUCCGGUGGAGGGCAGCUUUGACGUUUUUUCGCGACGGAGGCGUCGUACUCGUUUUACAACUAAAAUAAAAUAAAAGGAGAAGAAAUAUCAUUGGAGAUGCUCAUUUCUGAUGGCGCAAUAAUGCCAGAUUAAAGAAAUAGAUAUAUUAUAAAUAGGUAUCACUUGAGACGCGGUAGACUUACUCCCACCCGAGGUGUAAAAUAAAACUAAUGACUUAGGUGGUAAAAUUUAAUUUAUUGACGCCUCGGAACGCGAUGCGUGUAAGCGCGAAUGUUGUCACCUAGACAUUAAGGAGUACCAAUUCUUUUUUUCUCUCUUUUUGUACAUACAAAGAAAAAGCCGCUUAACAGGAGAAAUUAUACUUUAUUCACCAUGAAAUUUGUAACAUUAUAUAUAUCGUACCGGCGUGUAAGACUCUCAACAGUGCUCUCUGACGAAAGUGGUUCUCGCCGUUGACUAAUGGUCUUGAAAAUUUUCCGUUUUUUUUCUCUUUUUUAUAGUCAGAUUAAGGAGAAAAAAUAUCUAAGAGCAAGACCCAAGAAUCACCGUCUUAUAUACACUACAGUGAUCCAGUGCUGCCAAUAAUGCCUCUAAUACAGUACCAAUUUGCAUUUGCCACAACGUAACGUGUACGAAAAGCGCCAGGUGGAAAGAAACACCAUUAGAGAAAUGGAAUGGGAAGGAAACAAAGGAGGAAUUAGACAAAAAUAUAUAUAUUCUUUAUAUUUAUAUAUAAAGAAUUAAAUCAAACUCUUAGAAUGAAUUUCCAUUCAUUUUGUUGUUUUUUUUAAACCACUGAAAAAGGAAAUGCUGGGUGCGCUCUUUAUAAUAGCUGAAUGCAUAACAAAUGUUUUUGGGAACGCCAGACAUACCGAUGAUACAAAGCAAAUUGCCUUUACGUAAUAACAAAGACGCGUUGCCUUCUAAUGAAAAAAAAAAGAUUAAAAAAAGAAACACGAGAAUAAUCGAAUACAAGGUUUUAGUGAUUCGUUGUUGUGUUACUAUAUCACUUUCUCCCGGUACUUAAGAGAUGAAAGAAAACGAGCGUCCUCGUCUUAGGACUCUGAAUUUUUUAAGUUCUUUCUCCCCCCCCCCAGCUCUUAAGAUUCUUAGAAUUUUUAAGAAUUUCAUUUUUCAUCUCGACUCAUUCCCUAAUUUUUUGUUUUCUUGUUCUCGAAACAUUUUUUUUUUCGUUUAGCGUUAAUGGUAGUUCUUUGAUAUACGAAUGGACAAAUCCUUUCGUACGCAUUGAAAAUAUACAAAUAUCUGUACGGGGAGUUACAAAAAAAGAAUAUAUCACAGUACAACGGACAAAAGCGAGUAUCUAUUAUUAAUACCACGUCUAUACGCGAUAAAGAAAUAAAAAAAGAAUACUUAUUAAACAAUUGAAUGGAUACUGCAGCAAGAAAACCUAUUUUUAGGUAAAUUAAAUUUACAAUAUACAUAACACAUUUGACUACAACUACGAAGAUAUUUUUAGCCGGUAAGACUCUAUCUGUAAUAGGGAUAAAUAUAUUAUUAUUUACCUGUAAAAUAUAUGAGAUACGAUGAAUCGACGUAAGGAACUCUAAUGUAACGUUCUGUGAUUCGUUGUUUGUAGGUGAAAUUUAAUAAAAGAACACUGUAUCAUAA